CUCAACAUUGAUAUAAACAAAAAAUAUUAUGUAAUCCCAAAUUCAGUUCUUCCCAGCAUUUCUUCAAUCCCCUGUUAUCGUCUUAGGAACACGAUGCUAGAAAAGAAGUAAAAAGUAACUUUUUUAGAGUUAAAAAAACCCACUUAAGCAUUUAAACUCAGCCAAACAUGCUCUAGAUUAGAUCACUAAUAAAGUAUUAACAGUGAAAUCUCCAAGUAAUGUAGAAGUACCUGCUUUUUCUCGUCUCCAUCUACAAAUAGCCUGCUUCAUCCUUUCACUCUUCACCCCUCCUGGGCCUGUAAAAACUAAAAACAUCAUCAAAAUUCACACAACUCUCCCACUUCCCCCCAAACACAAACAAGAAAAAAAUUAUGGGAUCAAACGGUGAAGAAAAGCCAAGUUUCACACCAAAGAUUCGACAAUUACCAGCCACGGAUUCACCUAAGCAUUCGGGAACAGAAACUCCACCACUGCAGACUCCGGCGUCUGUGCCAUUCCAGUGGGAGGAAGAGCCAGGCAAGCCAAGACCCUGUACUGCUCUCAUUAUCUUACCCAGUUCCAAUGCAGAACCCAAAUGCUUGGAUCUUCCUCCCAGACUGUUCAUGGAAUCCUACACCAAAGUCACUAAAACAACCGAUGAGCCUUAUCUGGAGAGGCCUAAAUUUUCUUCAUUCAGAUAUUUGAGUGCAAAUCCUGAGAAAGGGGAGCUUAAUGAUAUGGUUCUUAGCAAGAAGUGGCAAAAAGGAAAAGGUUUCCUUGAUUCUUUGGGACUAAGGACUCCUACAUGGAAAAAUGAAGUUGAUGGGGGUACUUCUGUAUUUUCAUCCUUCAGCAGCUGUGACAGUGAUGAGAGUGCAAAUACAGAGGUGAAAACUGUCAAACUGGGAAGGAAAGAGAGCUUUUCCAGCCUCCCACAGACUAGGUCUCACUCUUCCCUGCAGCCAUAUGUGAAGGUUUGAAGCAAGUAAUGCCAUGGAAGAAUAGACAAUCAAAGAAACAAGUUGUCAAUGUCUAGCUUUUUCGACUACAGCGUGAUAAAUGCUGUAAUGCACAAUGCUGCCAGUAGCUGUAUCUGAAUUUAAUUGCAUGUUUGGUGAAGUGAAAUGACUAAUGAUUGUAUUAGUGAAGAAAUAUAAGUUAAAAUUUAGUUUAUUCAAAUAUUGUACAGUUUAGUACUAUAUACCUAAUGCAUUUGAAAUUCUCCA